AUAUUUACACCUUCCAAAAGAGCAUCGGCGUCGUCGUCGUCUUCAAAAUCCCAAACCCUCGCUCUCUGAACAUCGCCAUGGCUCACGCCGAGUUCGAUCUCAAGGCUCCCGGAGGAGCCGCGCCGAUCGGUAUCGGGGAGCACUCGUUCGCGGAUGUGGGGAACUUGGAGCACUGUGCCAAGUACCUCAACCAGACGCUUGUGACCUUUGGAUUUCCUGCGUCGCUCGAUCUCUUCGCCAAUGAUCCCGUUUCUGUUGCGAGGACAUGCAACUGCAUAUAUUCGCUGCUCCAGCAGCGGCAGCGAGAUAUUGAGUUUAGGGAGUCCUCCAAUGAACAGAGGCAAAGGUUGCAGUCUGAUAUAUCAAGGUUAGAGGCCAAGAUUGAAAGGCUCGAGGCACAGUUAGCUGCCAAAGAUCGAGAGCUGGCCACAUUAACCCGAACGGAGGCGAAAAAUACCGCAGCUUUGAAGGCUCAGAUUGAAAAGCUACAACAGGAGAGGGAUGAAUAUCAAAAGAUGGUUAUUGGUAAUCAGCAAGUGAGAACACAACAAAUACAUGAAAUGAAGAAGAAAGAGAAGGAAUAUAUAAAGUUGCAGGAGCGGUUAAAUCAAGUGUUAAUGGAGAAAAAGAAGGAAUCCAGGUCAGGCAUGGAGAUAAUGAACCUAUUGCAGAAAGAAGGACGCCAACGUGGAACAUGGAAUGGAAAGAAGGCAGACAAUGACUUCUAUAAAAUGAUUGCUGAUGCAUAUGAAGUGAAGAAACAAGAGCUGAUGCAAGAGAACUCGGAUUUGCGGGCCUUAUUACGAUCUAUGCAGAUGGAUAUGCGUGACUUCUUAAAUGCUCCAAAUGGGCUGUCCCAACAAACAUUGGCUGGCAAUGAAAAGCAAGAUGCUGGGUCACCUCAAUCCCCACUAGGUGGCAGGACGGAUGUCUUUGAUCUACCUUUCCACAUGGCUAGAGAUCAAAUAGAAGAGAGUUUACGGACCAAGAUGGCUUCUAUUAAGGCACGGAUGGUGCAACUUCAAGAUGCUCAGAAGGGAGCUGAGGUGACCUCCGAAGUGACUGAGAGGGAGCUUGAGCUUGAAGCUCAACUUGUUGAGGCUAGGAGCAUUAUCCAAGAGCAGGCUUCUAUAAUGUCCAAGCAUUUUGCCAAGUCUGACAAGCCAAGGAGAUUAAGUGGCCAUUUAGAUGCCGAGAGGGAAAGUAUCCAUUCAGCAUUAACUGAGGCAUUGUAGAAAAUGCACGGCUCGCCUUUAUUCUCGUCCGACGGUGCAUACUCUUGCUCCAAGUGUAGGCCUUCCUUUUCUUCAGUUCCCUAGUAGAGCUGAUGAAGUAAGUGUUUACAAAUAGGACUAGUGCAACUUUUCUAAGUACUCCAGAAUUUUAUUAGAUUAAUGGAGAGGAAUCAUUAGGUUCUCAAAAUCGCCCUCUCGGUGAAAUCCUUUGUGUUGUGUAGCUCAGUUUCUUGUUCCUGAAAAGAAUCAAAAGCAUUCUUAAUUUUUAUAACAGUUUAUGUUGUGUUACUCUGCAUCAACUAUGAUCUUUCAUCAUAUGAUUUUUGCUCUA